AUUGUCUCAAGUGUAAACUUGGAUCCGUUUAGCAUCAUCACUUCCAAACCAUCCCAGUUGUCCACAGACCAAUAUGAACCGCCCGUUGUUGUUUGCCCUUCUCUUGACGGCUAUCUUCGCCACCACCACCACCGCGUUGAAGUGGUGCAACACGACCAAAGUCGUUAACUGGAUGAACUCGUGUGACAAACUCGGAAGCAACGACGAAAAGUGCAAGAACAGGGCCUGCCACAGCGCUUUGCACUACAUCGUGGAUAAGAUUGUCCGCGAUUGUUAUGUGCAAUCUGGCAUGGGGCCGGCAUCUGAUCUGGACAAGUACAUCGUCCUGAGUAACUACUGCCACAAUCAACCCCCCGCGCCCAAGCCCGUCCGUACCACCACCACGCCUGUGCCAACCACCACCACUGUAGCCCCCACGACGGUGGUGCCUACGAUCGCCCCAACUUCGACACCUGUGGCCUGCGGAACCGUAGAAUAA